AUGGCAGCAACAACCUCUGAUGCAAGCCAACUCUCUGGGACCAAGAGGUCUAAGCUCAACCUGGUUAGGAUUCAGGAGUUGGAUCGGUACCUCAGUGGUACAGCAUUCUACGUGAGGUACCCUGAGAAAGCCACCAGAAAUAGCAGUUAUUACUCAGGAUUAGCCAAACUCAUAGUUACUGAUGAUUUACAAGUAUUGCCCCCAUUAAGCGGUACAAGCUUUUCUUUCUUUACCAAGCUUGGAGUCACGGAUGGAAACAUUACUAAAGAGAUAUUUAAUAUAGGUGUUAGUGAGGUCUUGAAUUUGCUUAUCUGCUCAUUUGUGUCAAAGACACCAUUGACCGAAACUCUACUUAAGCAUCAACCAGAACCAAAUUUUAGCACUGAAAUAGUUGAUCAAGGAACAUGUAUUGAACCUCAAAUGGCAGGGGAGACUAUGAUUGAGGAAGAAGAAAAGAUUUCAGUGAAGCCUAUGGUUAGUACACCAAGGAAGAUGGUUCAUUAUGCAGAAGCAUGGGACUAUUUUGUUAAUUUACCCUUCAGUUUCCUGACUCUUCCACGUGGAUUCACAUCAAAACAGAUGCAAGGCUCUUCUUCAAAAGAAACCAUUGUGGAAGAAGAAAAGAUUUUUGUGAAGCUUAAGGUCAGCAAAUCAAGGAAGAUAGUUUGUUUUGCAGAAGCAGAGGAAGAUUUUGUCAAUUUACUCUUUAGUUUCCUGACUAUUCCACUCGGAUUCAUAUCAAAACAGAUGCGGGAUUCUUCUUGGAAAGGAUGUAUUGAUCAGUUGUACAAGAGUGUCCAAGAUCUUGAUAAUGAGCGAUACUUAAAGUCAAAUGACCACAAGAAUGUUCCACUAAGUCCCAAAAUUUUUCCUGGUUUUUCCUACAACAACCAUAUUUGGGGAAUUCAGGAAGGCAAGGCCUCAUAUAACUAUGUUUAUUGUCGUCCUAACGGUGUAGAGGAUAUGUUGCUUACUGAAAAAACCCUCAUCCCUUCUCAGGUGAUGUAUACAUUCCAUCUCAAAUUGGUGAGUAAUAUAAGUUCUCAAGGAUUUUUGAAAGGACCGACCAUGUUCACAGUAAUUGACCAGCUGAUUGUAAGGCCUAUAUCUCCCAUCUUCGGCUUUUCCAUUUUAAAUGAGUUGAAGGUACCUUUGGAUGACAUAAAGGAGGAAAUAGUACAAGUUGGCAAGGGGGAGGUUUUGCGUCUACUGGUGGCAUCUAUUGCUGGCAAUUCUGCUUUAACUGAUGUUUUUAUAAGGUAG